GCAUGGGAUUCUCCUCCCCUUACCCAGUUUUUGAUCACAGACAUUGCAAGCGCAUUUCAGCUUAAUCUAAAAGAAGUGCAAAGGUCCAAAAUCUAUGAAGUACAAGAACACGAUGAUUCUGGAAUUUUUCGAACAAAGUACAGUGUGAUGUCAGCCAACGAUACACACGCUCAUUUCCAUCGCUCCUUGACGAACCAAGAUUAUCAAAUAUUUGCGGACGGUACCCUGGACAAGGCAGAACACAGGGUGCAGUCUCAACACAAUGCGCACAUUCAUGUGGAAGACGGAAAGGUAGAAAGAGUUCACUGUGCCAAUAAAGCAUUUUUUAGACCUUCCAAUGGUCAUCCUAGAGCAGACAAUUGCGAGGGUUUUAAAGGCCAAGAGCAAGGUAUUGAAAUGUCAACAAAGGGAUUUAGCAAACUGACGUUAAGGUCUUGUCUAGGACCUGAACACCAUUGUUCCAUGCGCUCGGUAUCAGAGGAACCGCAUGUGCAGAUAUCUCGUACUCUCAACAAAGACAAUCUU